GUAGCCGGGAUCCGGGACGAGGCGGCGGCUGCGGAGCUUGGGCUGGCUAGACAGUGCUCGGAGUAGGCGGAGGGAGUGGACGGUGUGACAGCGUCCCGACCCGGUCCCCAGAGAGAUGGCCUCAGCUGGAGACCCCCACAUUGCUCAGAAAGAUGCUGCUGACCAGAAUUUCGACUACAUGUUCAAGCUGCUUAUCAUUGGGAACAGCAGCGUGGGGAAGACCUCCUUCUUGUUCCGAUAUGCCGAUGAUUCUUUCACCUCAGCUUUUGUUAGCACGGUGGGCAUUGACUUCAAAGUUAAGACUGUCUACCGAAAUGAGAAGCGGGUCAAGCUGCAGAUCUGGGACACCGCAGGGCAGGAACGCUAUCGGACCAUCACCACUGCCUACUACCGGGGUGCCAUGGGCUUCCUAUUAAUGUACGAUGUCUCAAACCAGGAAUCCUUCAAUGCCGUCCAGGACUGGGCCACACAGAUUAAGACAUACUCCUGGGAUAAUGCCCAGGUCAUCCUCGUUGGGAACAAGUGUGACUUGGAAGAUGAGCGGGUAGUGUCCACAGAAGAUGGCAAGCACCUCGCUGAUGACCUAGGUUUUGAGUUCUUUGAAGCCAGUGCCAAGGACAACAUCAACGUGAAGCAGGUGUUUGAACGCCUGGUGGACAUUAUCUGCGAGAAGAUGAAUGAGAGCUUGGAAGCGGGACCGGGGACCAUUGGCAACAGCAAGAGUGCAGCCCUCAACGACACGGCCCCUGCCCAGGCCAGCAGCUGCAGCUGCUAACAUUGGGGUUGCCUGGACUCCCAGCUCCCCCGUCACUCUUCCUGCCAGGCUCUACCACUGCCAUGGACGUUCUGCUACCCAGAGCAGUGAGGGACACCUCCAGGUCCCCUCCUUGCGUCUGCUCACAAAUCCAGCUCACCCACGCCCCCCAUGGGGGAAGGAAGCCUAGCACAGGACCUCUGCUCCUGUCCCCCCUGUAUGCGGGACUCUGUACUCCUUGUUUCUCCCUAUGAGCCUGCUUGCCAGCUCAUUUAGAGAGAAGGGGAGCCCCAACCCCAAUACAUCUAGUAUGUCCACCUUGAAGGGAUCCAUCCAACUGUAGCAAUAUGAGGAGAAGGUGGUGGUGUUGGCUGUGAGCUUGGUAUUGACUAAAGUUUUAGGGAGGUCAGACAUGUAUGACCUGGCAUUUCCCUUUUUGGGGGGUGGGGGGAGAGGAGUGGUGAGAUUGAGGUGGGGACUUAACAUGCCACAGCUGAGUCCCCAGCCAGGCAGUUGAAUGAAUAAAUAGUGGAGAGGAAGGGAGAAUGGGGUUGAGAGGGUCCUAGUCAUUCCAACAUCAAUCAGCAAGGCAUUUUCUAAAUCUGCUACCAAAAAGUCCAUGGAGUGGUAGAUGGGCUUCCUCCUGGAUUUUCAAGAGGACCGUUAUGAUGGGUAAACUCCAAUGGCCCAAAGUGGUAGCCUUUGCCUGCUGCCAGCACUGGCCUUUGAUUACCCUUGGACCAAUGUCCUCUCGGCCUUUGUCUACUCUUAUCCCAAAGAUCCUCCUUCCUGCUUGAGAAUAUAGGAGCAGCAAAGUCAUUCUUUGUAGUUCUACUGGAACACUGGAAACUCAUAGAAGGAAAAGGCUAGUCCUGUGGUUUCUUCUCACUUCAGGGACAUGAAAAGUGCCUUUCAAUUGAACUUGCUUUCCUUUGUCCCCACAAUGGUCCUGCUUUCAUUCCAAGUAUUCCUACUGUAGCCAUCCCAUCCCCCUCUUCUCCCCUCCCCCACUAAGAAUUUCAUUAUAGAAGCAUCAAUAGCUGUAACAGGUAAAAAAUCAAACUUUAAUAUACAAGUCUUGAGUUUAAUAAAAUAACAUGGACCCUUUGAAA